AUACUCAAAAUUUCCACUUCAUCCAACUUUAAGUCUUCAGUUUGCUCAAAACGAAAUAUCGACUGCGCCAGAUUUCUAAUUAAAGAUUUCUUUUAAUAAAGUUUGGACAAAAACAAAAAGAAAUAUUCAUAAUUCUGUUCCAAACUCUUUACAACUGUAAUCUACAAACAAAGACUACCAAUUUCACUUCAACAUCUUAGAACUUUGCUGCUAAGCUCUUAAACACACACUACGAGUUUAUUAAUUAAUUUAAUUAUCAACUUAAACUUGACCAAGUUAAGAACAAAACACUACGCAAUGGAAAACUAUUGGAACGCCAGCAGCAACAUCGCGACAAUGAAGUCAAUACAACAACUUUUAAUCAAUAAAACAAAACUGAACUUAAUUCAAAAAGCAAAAUGACACUUCAGUUUGAUGAAAGUGCUUCAGUGCAGAAAUAAACAUUGAUCAUCCACAACGCACCGAGCAGCUUUUGUUGUAGCGCAUAGCACAACAUAGCAGUGUAUAGCACAGCAUAGCAGUGUAUAGCGCAACAUAGCAGUGUAUAGCACAGCAUAGCACAUUAUAGUAUAACAGAGACAACGUCAACAUCAGUGACAGCAAACACCAAUUCAAACAGCUUCAACCAUUCAACCGCACUUCAUAGAUUCUGCCUUAUAGUUAGAGAUUGGUUCAUACGGUUAUUGUUGCCACAAUCAGAGCGUCAAUCAAGUUAAAAAUGUUGCCAAAGCAACGAACUUUGAUUUUGUUAGUGUUGUUGUUUUUGUUUUUGUUUUGUUUAAAGUUUGGCAACAAUGUAAACGCUGCAGUCAAAGUAAAUGCCGACGAUGCCAAGGAGCAAAUAUCAACAAAGUCUCGAACUGGAAUCGAAACUACUCUGAAUGUCAAUGAAACAAUGAUAAUUGAGGAACAAGCAAUGAAAACUAAUACACAGCCGAAGGGCGAUGAAAAUGACAGGCGCGCAUUGUCGAGAAGAAAACGUUUUAUUGGAUUUCCGCAAGGUUCUUCUUUUUCGUGCGCUGUUUGUUUAACAACUGGUGUACUUGGUAAUCCAAAUUAUCAAUACCUUAGUUUGGGAUUAAAUUGGGGUAUAGCAUAUAACUUGCCAAAUUCAUCAUGGGUUAUUGGGCAUGCCAACGGUUUUACUAAUUCAAAAGAUGAUAAAGAUGAACCCAUGAAAGAUGAUUCAGCUGAUACUUCAACACCUGGCACACCAGCAGUAGAUGGAGCCACAGAUGAUGCUGUUCCAACUGAUCUCCCACCAAUCGAUAGUUUUACAGGUAACAGUACAGAUGAUAGUAGCAGUGAUAGUGGAGAUAUGAGUCCUAAUAAAAUGGCAAUGAGAAUAAUUAAACGUAGACAUCGGCGUCAUCUCUAUGAUAAGUUGGAGACACUAAUUAACAACAUGGGCUAUGAUGGAAGAGAUUGUGUAUUACGUGCUCUUUGUGAAAGUCGACAAUUUUUCCAAAAACCGAAAAUGGGCAUGAUUGGAGAAAUGAUGCGAGUUAUUUUUAGCCUUCCAAAACAGCGUUUGUAUACACGAGAACUACGUGAGAAUCCUGGCAUAGAAACGUACGAUGAAGCAUAUCGAAAUGGUCAUGAGAACGAUUGCGAAACCGAGUAUAAUUGUGACUUUUCGUUGCUUGAACUGGCUUUUGGAAAAUAUUCAACACCGCCUGAAAAAUAUUAUUUUCAAUAAAU